AUGUCUUCAAGCAUCAACCAUUACAAGUAAAAUCUGAAUUAAUCAUAGAUAUAUUUGCACUUCUAAUUAAAACACUAUAUUAGAUUAAGAAACUGUUGAUGUCACUGAUGUUGAAAAUUAUCAUGAAUUAGAAAUAAAAAGUUUGGAUUAUCUUUUUGCUUGCAAAAAAACUUCAUAAUCUCUUUACUUAGUCUCGUGUAUUGAUAGCUAAGAAAAAUAUUUUCUGAAUACAGAAAAAGAAAUCACAGAUUUCGUUCUUGCAUAUUUUGCACAUUCAUAUUAUUUAAUAAUAAUCCAAAAUAAAGAGUAAAUACAAUUUUACAAAAUUGAUUACUAAUAUUAAUUUACACUAUCUAAUGAGCUCAAAAUAGAAGGAUUAUAAUAACCUAAAUUAUAUUGUUCAUAAUAAAUUGGAGCUAUUUUAGUCGAUAAUACAAAUAUUUAUCUUAUCCAAUUAGAUAAUACAUUUAUUAAAUAAUAAAUGAAAUAGGUUGCAAAAUAAGUGAUUAUAACAAAAUGUUUGAAAUAUAUUUUCAUUCUAACAAAAGAUUCAAAAUUAUAUGUUCUCAAUUCAAAAUCGUUCUAACUCAUAAAUGAACAUAAUCUGAAAUAUACAUAAUUUGAACCAUUAAAGUUUUAAUUAUUUGAACAUCAUAAUAAAAUAGCUCUUUUUACGAUUACAUCUUAAAAAAGAAUAAUAUUUUGGACUUUUGAUUAAGAAGAUUUACAUACAGCAAGUCUUUUGGCAAGUGAAUCGAUUAAAUUUAAAUUUAAUGAGAGGUAAUUAAUAUUUAAUAGUAUAUGAAGCAAGUAACAAGUAGAAUUAAUUGAUUUCUAAAUAGAUUCUACAUAAAACUUUCUCUUUAUUGUUUAUCAAACUUAAGAUAUGAAUGUAUAAAUUUAUAUAGCCAAGCUAAUUUAAUCGGAAGUAAUUAAGUUAAUUAUCAUACAUUUUAGAUUGAAAAAAAUGAAUAGAGUAAAAUUAAACAUAUAAAAAUGUUUGUAAAGGAAAGAUCAAGUUCUACAUUUUUUAUUUAGUUUAUAUUACCUCCUGAAUAAACAACAAGGUUUUUACAUGGUGAAAAUAAAUGCAAAUCCGAAGAAGAAUAUAUAGAAUUUCAAUAAGGAUUUAGAGAUUUCUAAAAUCAAGAAUUGGAAUUAACAGAUCAUGAAUUACCAUAUAUAUUUGGUUUUUAAUCUGAGAAGAGAGAUAAAAUAGAAUUUUGUUGGUUUUAUAGCGAUCUUGGACUUUGUGUAAUUUUACCUGAAAAUUUACUUUAACUUUAUGAUAAAAAUACUUCUAAAAAAAAAGGUUCAAGUAUAAUCUAAUAAUCUCAUUUAAUUCCACCUCCUUAUAUCAAAGAAGAGGAUAUAUUAUAAUUAUAACAAUAAUAACAGUGGGAAAAUAAGAGCAAUAACAAUAAUUAAAAUUAUAAUAGUUACAGUUAAAUUGAUCCAGUAAUCAAAGCAAAUGAGAUUGUUGAAAAUGAGUUGAUUCCAAAAGUUUAAUAAUGUUAACAAUAAUAAUAAUUCCUAAUUCUAAGUAAUGAUGUCAAAAAAGAUUUAAUAGAAGAUAUUACAUUCAUUUUAGAUAUUAAAGAUUUAAUUGAAGCAUAAGUAAAGAAGGAAUUUGAUAAAUAAGGACAAAAUGAUUAAUAAGCAUUACCUAAAUUAGAAUUAUAAUUUAAAUAGGAUCUUUGUUAAUUAGAAACUUAGAUGGAAAAUGUUGUUUCCUAAAAUCUAGAAUUAUAUCAAUAAACAUGUGAGAACUUUCUUAUGGAUAAUUUCAAUUAAGCCUAUUUUGAAUAAUUGAUAGAUGAGAAAAUAGGUACUCAUUUAAAAUUGUUAGUAAAUUAAUAAAUAACAUAAAUUGAAGUAAAUUUUUUAUUUUAUUUUAUAAGUGUACAUAAUUAGUCUAAAAUACUACUAAUGAUUAUUUAAAAGAUUAAAUAGGUUAGCUCUAUUAAAUUGAAUUGGCUAAAAUGUCUUAAGGAGUAGUUUUAAUCUUUGAGAAAGUAAUUUAAUAUUUCAAUGACAUGUAAUUCAUAGAUUAAACUAAAUUAUAAAAUUUUAAUAGUUUCAUUGACAGUUCUACACAAUAACUUCUCAUUUUAAGUAAAAACAUAGUCUCUUUGGCUGAAAAUUAGAGACCAGGAUAAGAUGCAUUAUACAAAUUAGAUUAAUUAAUAUAAUAAACUGAAUAAAUGGCUAAAUAAUAUGAAGAUGCAAAGAUAGAAAUUAAAUAAGCAUCAGAAUAAUAAUAAUAAUAAUAAUAAUAAUAAUAAUAAUAAUAAUAAAAUAUUUAAUCAGAUGAUAGAUUAUAAAAUAUAGAAGAGUUAAUUAUGAAUUUAAGAAAUGAUUUAUAGGUGUUAACUUAGAAUUAGUAAGUUUAAAUAAAACCAAUGGUAGGAAUGGAUUAAUUUACAAAAAGAAUGAUAGCUUAAAUAUCAGAGUUGUAAAUAAAAGUAACAUCAAAUGAUAUUAAUAUACAAUAAAUUUAGGAGAUUAUGAGUUAAAUGUUAUAACAAUUUUAAUAUAUUCUACUUAAAGUUGGAUCAUGA